GGUCAUCUGAAGAUCCUCCGCGCGUUUUGUCACGCGCAUCGCGCAACCAUCUCAAGAUGCACGAACUAACCUGUGCUACCACCAAUUUGCUUCCUGCUUUCGUUGUCGGCAGGCUGCUGCUGGACAAGCUCGCGAAAUGAGCCCUCCAACAGACCUGAAGCAAGUGGUUGACGAGGAGAUCAAGGAAUGGCACUUCCAUAUAUACUUCCACCAGCGGAAUGCGGACGAGCACCAAGCCGCGCUUGAGUUGCGUGAUGCUGUCCUGCGUCUCAGGCGCGAUGGUGCGUUCAUUGCGGUCCCCCUCUUCCGAGUCAACACGGAUCCUAUUGGACCCCAUCCUGUGGGUUCAUACGAGAUAUGGUGCCCAUCAGAGUCAUUCGCAUCGGUCUACUCGUAUCUGUGCCAGCACCGCGGAAAUUUGAGCAUUCUCGUCCACCCAUUGACGCGUGAAGAGAGAAAGGACCAUGAAAUACGCAACUCCUGGAUAGGUCCCUCUUUCCCGCUGGACUUGUCCAUGAUGCCGGUCCUGGCAGAUGAGGUUCCCCUACAGUACCCCAGCCUGAAGCUCGGUUACUCCUCUGAGGCAUCGCCCCUCUCCCUAGAAGAUCGGCGCAAGAUUGGUGCAAAUAUUGAGCGCAUCUUGAAGGGGGAAAAGGAGGCGGCAAAGGCUCCGAGCGAUUAGAGCUUUGUAGUCCUACUUAGGUUCUCAAGCCUGCACCAGCCAUUGCCAGAUGUACCUACUUUACGCGUAGAUAUGUCUUGGUGUCACUUUGUUCCAGAGAUGUGCUGUAGCUUGAUAUCAACGUGGGGUGCGGUCAUGGACCGCCAUCGGAA